AUGCUGUCUUGCUUGACUUCCCUAGCCAAUUGCUACUGCCCAAGUGGACACUAUAAUGUCAUUGAUAAUAUAACAGAACUAGAACCUGAUCAUUUUAUAAAUUGUCCUUAUAUUAAGAGCGUUUAUAUUCCACCAAAUGUUUUACAUAUAGGAACAUAUGCUUUUUCAAAUUGCGAACAUCUUUCAAAUGUAACAUUAUCAUCAGGCCUUCGAUCUCUUGGACAAGGUGCUUUUGAAUAUUGUAUUAGUCUAAAAUAUAUAACAAUUCCAGACACACUUGGAUCUAUCGGUGUGUUGGCAUUUCGUGGGUGUUCGGGAUUAAUAAAUAUAUUCAUACAAUCGUAUAUUUCAUCUAUCUUCAGCAGUGCAUUUGAAGGCUGCUCUAGCCUCAAGAGUUUAAACCAUCCAAUCAAUAUUUCCACAAUUGGAAAAAACACAUUUUCUGGAUGCUCAAGUCUUGAAAGUUUAAUUAUUGAAGAGGGUACAAUUCGAAUUUAUGAAAAUGCUUUUAAUUCUUGUUCUAGUCUUAAAAGCAUAUCUAUUCCUUCAACAGUUAAACACAUUAAAAACGGUGCAUUUGGUGGGUGCACUAGUCUUCAAACUAUAACACUUCCUGACGGUAUUACAAAUAUUUAUGAAUAUACUUUUUAUGGCUGUACCAGUCUUGUGAGCAUAAAUAUGCCUUUGAAGUCAUUAAAUAUUUAUAACAAUGCGUUUGAAGGCUGUACUAGUCUCUCAUGCUUGAGGAUUCAAACAAUAAAAUCUCUAGAUACUAAUGCAUUUUAUGGCUGUAAUAUUAAUGAAUUGAUUUUCGAAAGUCAAGAGUAUACAAUUUUGAAAGAUGAGUAUUAUUAUUCAAAUAUUACUAGGGUUGCUUUCAACUUUAGAAAUCAAAUAUCAAAUAAAAGAAUUCGUGAAGAUACAAAGUUGCCAUCGUUGACUCAUUUCACAAAUUUGAAAUAUGUUAAAAUAGAGAAUAUCAACGACUUGUCAAUCCCAGAGUAUUUCAUCGGAAAUAAUGAAGUUGAAAUAUUCAUCUCUAACAAUGUGAGUUCUAUCGAUGAAAACGCAUUCAAGAACUGCUCUAUCAGCAAAUUCACAUAUUAUGGCACCGAAGAAAUCAAAGGAGAUUUCUUGAAGAAUGCACGCUCAUGCAAAGAAGUAAUCACAACAGUUGAUUACAAACAAGAUCAACUUGGUGGUAUCACAAUCACACAAAAGAUCAAACUUCCAGAUCCAGAACAAGAAGACACGAAAACGAACAACACAUCGAAUGAAACUGACACUGGAUUCAGAACAGACACACCAUCAGGUAUGAAAGAAGGCAAAGGUAAACUUGGUGGUGGUGCUAUUGCCGGCAUCGUUCUUGGUGUCAUUCUUUUCAUUACAAUCAUUGCCAUUGUUCUUUUCUUCGUCUUCAAGAAUAAAUCCUCCAAUCAAAACAACGAAACCAGUCAAAACUGCGAUGAAGAAAAUCCAUAA